AUGCGUUUGGACGACAUCUUACACGACUCGCCAGAGGGCCAACCAGCUUACGCAGGUAUGAACUGGUUAGAUAAUGUAUUGGAGGAGUCGCCUGAGCUCCAUCAACUUGACCCUGAAACUGCAGCAGACGGCAGCUAUAAUGUCCGGGCCUGCGAUGGCACCAUUUGUCGGUACUUUCCCGUAGGUCCAAAUAAUCCAGUUGCCUACUGGACCAGACCCUCUUCAGUUCAUCAAACCUAUCCUAGAGAUCAAAGCAACCAAUUGGAUGCAGAAGCCCAGCUCAGAGCAGCCCAAGUGUUUAGGCAUAUGUACAUGAAUCCUGGCCAACCCUUUACGACUUCUUCUACAACCCGGACAUCGCCUGCCCAACCCUUUAGAACUUCUACCAACGGGGCCACCCCUAGCCAACCCUUUACGAACUCUACCACUGGGACAACUCCAGGGCAUUGGCUGGAUCAGAUUGCACCAACCCAAGACAAAACAGGACCAUUUUGGAUAUUCGUUCAAAUCAACCUACGAGAUAUUGCCUCAACAUCAACUCGCCUCUCCAAUCCCAUCGACAUUGAUACCGAGCCUAAGAAAGUGGACCGGACCUUCUUGAUUGAGUAUCGUUUCCACCUACCCUGGUCAAAUCCGUCUCCCUCGAAAUCACACAAAAGGAAACCCUCUGGAAUCGAGAUUCCUAAGACAAAACCGAUAAACUCAGUGCCCGGUAAACUUUCAAUUCGUUGGGAUCUUGCCAACUACGAUGUCCCAAAAUUUAAGAAUGCUGUCAUCGACGAAAUCUUUGGCGAGGACAAGGACCUCGCCGCAUUUGUCGAAAAGCGUGAAGCCAACGAAAAGGACCUCACCUGGUAUGGAAUUAUCCUCCAUGAUUCGAGAUUUAAGGCUACCGGGAACCAACAGUUAGAUAAACCAGGCGUGUUCCAGGACUGGCUUACUGCUUGUGUGCCUUUUGAGGAGACUCGAAAGCUGGUCUGUAAAGUUGAGCAAUUGGAUCCCAAAGCAGAGGCUGAUAUACUUGCAACUCACUCGCCUUGCCCUCGAUUAUCAGGUAGCUCCGAUAAGUCAAUCUUCAUUAAUCCUGAACAAGGCGAUCAGUACUUUGUUGUCACCAUGUCCCGCGCCGACCUCUGGGCAAAGGCCAUUAAUGCAACCCCUAACGUUGUUGAUCUGCGCACACCUCCAAAGACCCCUGCGUUUGAUUAUAGAACCGGUUUUCUUGACGAUCACGACCAACCUGCCCAACGAAACUUACCUGCUCCUGAGACUCGUCACCAAUGUUGUUCUCAUAACAGCAGUGGGCCGUCAAUUCACCAUGCAAAUGCAGGUCAAUGCUCGGCCCAUGGGGCAUUGAACCAGCAAUGCCUGGCUGCCCAUGCUAGUCAUGUAUCAAACGCGAUCAAUAUCACCGGGGUCAGUUCGGCUUCGACAAGUGUUCCAAACAACACUCGCAUCAAGUCUUCUCCAGCACCAUCGGAUGACGAGGAUCCCAUUGAUGUCUUCCUCAAGUUUUCUCGGGUCGAUCUCGAUAGUGUGGCCAUUCGUGACGGAUUAGCCAAGUUGGGUAUGACCCACUGGAAGAUGUUCCAAUUGGUUACUUCUGAGGAACUCAUUGCUGCUGGAGUCCCGAUGGGUCCAGCAAGAAUGCUUGCCGAAGCCGUCAAGAGGUACUCCAAACACUUGAAAAAGCAAUCUCGUACGAAUAUUUCACAAAACUGA